GCGAGCUUACGAAAUUCGAGCCGCCCACAAAGCCUAGGCACACGAAAAGAGACUACAGUCCGGCUCCACGUUUUAUCUCUAGCAGCAGAGAACGGGUUUCUAUUUUAAUGUCCGCGAUAUUUGAGGUGCUUGACUUUGAGGCCACCGCAUAACGAAGUUGCUCCCAAAAUCGGUACCAAAUCUUGCGCACUAACCAACCCUUGGUUACACCUCCCACUGAAGAUCAGGAGGUUGACGACCGGGAGGAAGUUCUCGGAACGUAGUGAGACGUCAGACCGGUCGAAGAUGCUGCAAACCAAAUCGUGGAUGAGGUAGGCGAUUGUUGUCGGAAAUGGAGUUGCAGCGGCGAAAAAUGUGCCCCAAUAGUACGAAAUGGAGGCCUUUUUCGAUGACCAGCGGGACAGGGACGCCGAAAUUCCACAGCAAGGGAGGGAGCUAGGGAGGUAGAGCGAGAGAAUUAUAAAAGUAUAGAAAGAAGAAGCGCCAACAACUCCGACUGGCAUGAGAUCGUGUGUAAAUAGGCCCCUCUGAACCCUACCCAAAUGGUCGAUGGGCAUUACAUGGUGUUACUGAGUCCACCUGCACAAUUAUCUGUACCACCACUGCGCCUCUCACUCCCUCCAUCGCCGAGUUUACUCUCGCUCGCGCUCUUCACUCUCGGAUGCGCUCUGGUUGCUUCCCGGGCUUUCCUCGGCACCCUACCAGAGCCACCCACCACUACAUAAACUCGAGCAUUUUCGGAUGGCAAUCCGAUCGGAUCACUUCGCGCACUCCGGCGUCGGACUGACUGACUGACUGACAGACAGACAGACAGACACAGAGGAGAGGGAGAGAGAAGACUGGACCCGAAGCGUUCCUGUGGACUGGGCCUCAUUCACUCCACACUCCCUCACCCUCCCUCCCUCCUUCCUUCCUUCCUUCCUGGCGCCGUUCUUCUGCUUCGUCGGGGGCACCAUCCAUCACCACCAUCAGCAUCCAUCAUCUAUUGGCGGAAACAAACAACAACGGAAGCUUGUUUUUACUCUCCGGUCUUCUGCCGUGCCUGGCUGGGGCUCACUACCACAUUCUGUUCUGCUCGCCUGUGUCAAACGACGGACUCUGGAGUCAAAACAAUACCUGUGCGCUCUCGUCCCCACCCUCCCCCCUCGCGCACGGUCUCCCAGAUUCCGGUGAGGAAGACGAAGAAGAAGAAGAAGAAAACAUGUUAUGAUUGCCUGCCUGCAUUUAAAUGCCUCGUCCGUAAGGCCAGCGGAGGUUGUUGGUUGUGGUAGCUGUGGGAGAAGAGACGUAGGACGGGAGGGGAAAGAAGUUGUCGCUGGUUUCAGCGACGCAGGCCGAGGCCAAGGCAGGCACAAGCUCCAGCUCAAGCUCAGUCACGCCGUCUGGCUGGCUGGCUGUCAGCGACUCGACAUCAAUCGUCCGGUCGGUCGGUCGGUCGAUGCUCGGCUUCGACAGUGUUGACGACGGGCACCGAUGUUGAUGCCGUCGUUGCAAGCCGUGCUCAGAGCUGCCUGGGCUUCACUCAAAUAAAGUCGGAUCAAAUUGGUAGUGAGGGUUGCCUGGAUAUCAUGUGCACUGGAUCUCAGAGCAACCGAGAAGAUUGAUGUCAAUAGGUGAGGGUGACAAAAUGAAGGACGGGGGCAAUAUGAAGGAAGGUCGGAAUAGAAAAAUGAACCUUCAUAACAAAUGGCUGCCACCCCCAGUGGCCGAGCUGGUUUCGGUUGAACGGCGUCGAUUUUCACAAAUAGUUCAGAGAGUCAAGGAGGAAUGGCAACCCGAUGAUCACCUCAAACGGCUGGACACAGUCCAGUGGUGCUCACUUAUCAACACAUACUUGAAGGUUAAGAGCGACAUUGCCAUUGAGGAUCUGGAAGACCUAACGUCAGUGGUUCUCAAGUUGAUACUGUGCUCAUCUGACAGUCUCUACGUUCAGUACCGUUGGGGCAGUUGCUUGACGAGGAUAUUGAGAAAAUUCCGUCAUAAGCUUACAUUGAAUAUUGAGUGGCGUCCACUGUAUGAGUUACUCCUCAACGUACAUUUUGAAAGGCGGCAUUCAUACGAGGGUUGGGUUCUGAAAAGAAAUCAUUUGACCACUAUAACUCACCUGAUUCGAAGUUGUCGAAGAUUCUUUCCCCCAGGAUCUUCAGCAGAAAUUUGGAAUGAAUUCAGACCAGCACUGGAGCAUAUGUCACACAAUUCAGCCCUCGAAGCCGCGGGUUUUCUUUCUCUUUUCCUCCCUACUGCUCAGCAUAAGCUAGAGAGGAAACCAAGUCUAUUCAACAGUGAGUGGGUGAAAGAGUGUAUCGAUUUUUGGGAGAAGUUGCCUUAUUCCAACUAUUGGAACAUGCAAUGGGGUUCAUUACUGAGUCGCUGCAUCAAGCAUCAAGUAAUAAAGACGUCAGAGUGGGAGCUGUUCUUGCCUUCAAUGUUUAUGCUCUUUUUGAGAACAUUUGAGGUACCUGUGGGGAAGUCUAGUCAGUGGGCUCCAAUCUAUCGAAGAUUGCCUCGUGAAGUGGCAGCUGCAUUCUAUACCCUCUCGAUGCCUUCCAGUCCGGAUAUUGUUGCCAGGUCUAUUGUGUAUAUGAUCAUCCCUGGCGGGUCUACUCUUAGGCAUUUGGAAUGCCUAGUAGAUUACUUGGAGCAGUAUUAUCAUCCGUCGAAUGGAGGGUCGUGGACUACCUCCCUUGAAAGCUUCUUGCGGAAUCUGGUGUUUUACUUCAUGAAGCGCUUAGCUAGUGAACAUCUACUCAGAGUCAGGGAUGAGGAUGCAGUGGAAUGCUCACAUUUUCUGGGGCCUGAAGAAAGAGUGGCUUUCGUGAAAGUGGUCAUGCGCUUAGUAGAAAGGGGGCAAUAUAGCAAGAAUGUGUCUCUUGCAGCCUGUGCUGCCAACGUGGCAGCUCGACUGACUUACUUGGAACCAUACGUAGUUCUCCCACUUAUUGUGUCUUGCUUCCAAAUGGCCAUGGACACUAUAACUGCGACGCAUCAGUUAGAAUCUUCAUUGACAACUCUUGCUCUCGCGGCGCGAGCCCUGUUAAUUGCAUCUGCCGAAGAAAGUUCAUCGAUGGUAUUUUCUGCUGAGAUAGACACCGCAGUUGAUAAGGUCAUGUCCGGCCUUGACGUUUCCCUGAAAGAAUGUCGGAGUACCUUGGCUGUCGCAAUGUUUACAACGCUGUUGGGACUCGACGCCAAUGACCCACCAAAGACCUUGGCAACCCUACAACUGUACUGCUCAGUUGUUUCGAGUAUUACUGUCUUGGGAAGCAAUGACUCCGGACCAGGUGGAACCCUCCCUAUUGACUGGUCGGAGUGGGUAGGUAAUUUCCUUGAACGUCUCUUCACGCUCCUCGUCAAUCUGGAACCAAUCUCUCAAUCUGCUGAGGUGGAGCCCGACCUUGGAUUUCUGAUGGAAGAAGGAUCACAUUACUCAUCUCUUCUGAUGCUAUUAUUCCAGAAAGUAACGACUUCUGUCUAUAACGAGGCCCUCAAAAAGGUGGCUAAAUUUGUUAACAGCAACAUUCUCCCUGGAGCUGUUGACGAGAUCGGAGCCCUCUGCUCUUGUGCAUUGAUCGGAAACCGUUCUCUGGCCCUUCCGCUGCUUUCUAAACCACUCAUGAAUUCCAUCGUUUCUUCCCUUACCGAAACCCCGUGUACUGGCUUCAGUGCAAGCAGUAAUAAGAAAUCUUAUGAGAAUUUCAAGGCGGGGCUUUCUCCAGCGCUUGAGAUAACCUUAUGCUAUCAGUUAAAUGUUCUAUCAAUGUCUCUCUUGUACGGAGGAGCAGCAUUAACGCAGUAUAAGCAUCUUCUAUUGCAAGUGAUAGGAGCUUCGUUUGAUGCACCUAGCUCAAAGGUGAAUGAAGCAGGAAAUCUUCUAGUGAGCUCCAUUCUAGCAAGCUUGCUUCACUACUAUCCAGAACAUUUCUGCAGAUCAAAUCCCAGCACAAAAUCUCGUUUUGACAUCGAGGAAUGGUAUAGUACGAGCGGAAGCGAUGCUCCAGAAGAGGGAAGCGGUCCUACAUGGCACAUUACAAACGCUGACGAGGUGGCAUUCGUGGAGGAGAUAUUGAACCUGCACCUGAGGGAUUCCCUAGCUGAUCUGAGAUCGAUUGUCAAUGAUGCUGUCCGAUCCAAGCCGUCUGGGCAGGAGCGGGAGCAAUUACGGGUAAUCGCUCUGCGCCUUGGAGGAUGUCUGAACGGAGUCGGUUCCUGCCUCCCCGAUUUUGAGAUUCCCCCAGACACAAUCGACCAUUCUCUUAGCAAGGGGAUUGACUUGAAGUCCUUGAGUGUUGUUGGAGCGGAAGGCACGGUUGUUGGUUCUUCCAAGUUAAGAGAAGAGAUUGCGGAAACACUGCACAAAACCUGCGAGUACAUGCUAAAGGAGAGAGCCGAUGAUACGAUUCUACUGAAGUUGCUUGUUGGGUUGUUGGACGUUACGGGCAAUUAUGGAUCAAUGACUUACCAAUCUUGGCUCCAAAGCUGUUCCUUAUGGAACGCUGAGGAUAAGACUCUCAGGGAACCCAAAAUCAACCUCAUCACAGGUGCAGACGCGACCAGCAGGAGAAGACCAUGGUGGAUGCUUGUUGAAAAGACCAAUCUUCACAAUUUCUUGCGAGCUUCACAAGCAGGAUAUCAUCGUUACUACAGAGGGUUAAAUGCACCAUAUCAUUUGAUUCUUUUAUCCAAAGACCUUCUCAAACUCUCAUUGCACAGCUACCGUGCUGUCCGGUUAGUUGCCGUAAACAAGCUCGGGAGGAUGCUAAAGCGCUAUCCCUCAUUAGUCAAAGAAUGUAUGCCGUUGUUGACAACAAGCCUGCAAGAUGUGCAAGCUAAAGAGGAAACUGCCUUGGGCGCUUGUAACGUUCUCAAGUCUCAACCAGUCAUGAGACAUCUUAGGCAGGAUUGGAAUGCUCUGGCUUCUUUCUUAUUGGCGCUCCUUCGUAGCUCUCAUCACGAAUCAGUCAAAGCUCAAAACGCCAUUAAUGAGCUUUUUCUCGUCUUCAACAUUCUGUAUGGGGGAGUUCCCUUCAGCUCCUAUGCAAAAGUAGGAGAAAGUUUACAAGACUUGUCAUACAGUAAGAUGAUUACGCAUAUUCAAGACCAAGUUGUUCCUAGUGGUGGAGGAACAGUUCCUGUUCAUUGGCGGUACAACUUGAUGGCCCAUGGAAUACUUCUCUUUUUGGUACUGCCCCCUCCAUCGGAUGAACAUUCUUUUUAUGCGGGAAGCGUUUUAAAGUCAAGAGAGAACAUUGCAGGUGGGUUCAUGGCGAACCUUCAGAGUGAACUGCCAGCGCUCAGACCGUUGUCCGUGAUUGCACUUCUUUUCCUCCUCCAAGCAACGUCAUCGAAAGCUUUCUACGGCGAAAAACCGUCUUGGCUGAAGAAUGGAAACGGCACAGAAUAUGCUGUAUCAUUAAAAAGCGCAAUCAUAUCCAUUUUGCAACGGCAAGGUUUUGGGCAGAAAGUCAUUACCAAUUUGGCUGCCGACCAUCACUACUUUGAAGGUCAAAACUCCUAUAAUCCUCAGCAGAUGUCGGAUGUGGGAUUAACUGCAUUGAUGCCCACCUUUAUGCGUGAUUGGCCUCGAACACUGACAUGGGAUUCUAAGCUAGAAGGGGAGGCCUUCUUACCAACUUUUGCGAGACUAUUUCAAUAUCUGCUACAAGAAUGUGGGUCACCUGUUCUUGAUGCCCUGCGAGUUCCCUUGGAGGACGCUUGCAAUGACGUGGAGGAAAGGGGAAAACAGUGUAUAGCUGCUGAGAUUAUGGCUGGUCUCCUACAUUCAGAUGUCGAAGGCAUUGUAGAAGCAUGGGAUGAUUGGAUGAAGCCUUUGCUUCACAAAGUCGUGUUGCAAUCCACAUUGGAAUCAGCGGCUGAGUGGGCAGCCUGUGUACGUUUUGCGGUGGGUGGGGAGGGCAGAGAUGGGCGGGAAGUUCCCAAGCUUCGAUAUAAGAUCCUUGACUGUCUAGCAGAGCCACUGCCAGAUCGGGCUUCAACUAGCUUGCUUACGAAACGCCUCACUCUUCUUCGUGCAGCCGUCAGUGAAUUACUGCCCAUGUCAAGGCUAGACUGCGAUGUCAAAUUUCAAAUUAGUCUUUUAGAUGAAAUCAUGACAUACAUGUCGCACAGUGCACCUCAGGUUCGUCAAGGGGUGGGUCGGUUAAUGUCUAUCAUUUGUGCCAACCUACAACUAGCAGCUGAAUCAGGCUCACUAUCUUCAACCGAGAAAGAUGCUCCUCUAUCGCCUACUGAUUCGCCCAUGUCUCCGGAAGUAACCGAUGCGAAUGGAGACUGCAAAAUGCCAUUGGACUGGAGGGCAGCACUAGUGAGUGGUGCACUGUCGGCUGCUGAAAAAAUUCAAAGUGCAGGUGGGCCGGAUCUUAGCGGCGAUGCUUCUACUUUCGAAGGAGUAUACAGUAAAGAAAGCAAAGAGGCGGUUCGGUGGAUGGAAACGGCUUUGCACUUCGUUAUCGCGAGUGUCAGAUCAGGCAGUGGCCAUGUGCUUUUGAGCGUCACAAGGGAGCUGCUACACCCGAUUCUUUCUGUGCAGGAAACGUGGAAUAAAGAGCUGGCAAAGUUGGCAAAGUCAGCUAUGCAUCUUCUACGAUGGCAGCCGUUCGGAAGUGUACACUUAGGAACAACAAUUGCCACUGCUCUAGCUGCUUCGACAGAUAGUAUAUGGCACACGAGAGUAGCUGCUUUGAAGUUUAUGCAGCCGGUGGUAUACAGGCACACGUACAUCAUGUCGGAUAGCGACAUGAGAGCUUUGUGGGACCGUAUAAGGGAGCUGCUAUCAGAUAAUCAGCUGGAGGUGAGGAUAUUGGCGGCAACGACAUUGACCGGUAUGAUGAAAGGACCUGGAAUCAGGUUUGCCGAAGAAUUUAGAAACACCAUACUUGAAAAAGCCUUGGUGCAACUCGGCCAAAGAACAAAAAACAGGAAGACCAAGACGAGAACGAAUUGCGCUUUAGCCACCACUCAUGGACUCGUGCUUGGCCUUGCUGCUUGCAUAUUAUCUGUCCCUUACGACAUGCCUAGAUGGUUGCCAAACAUGGUGAUAGCUCUCGCUGGGUUUAGUCACGAGCCAUGGCCCAUCAAGGCCACUGUAACAAGGACUAUAGCUGACUUCAGACGUACACACAUGGAUACUUGGGACAUUCAAAAGGAGGCCUUCAGUGAAGACCAAUUAGAGGUUCUCUCUGACCUUACAUCAUCUGCUUCUUAUUUCGCGUAGAAGAUUUUCAGAAUUUAAGUCUACCUGCUCGAAAAAUUGGAUUUGUUUAGGAACUUUAGUUUUAGAUAUGCCUUCCGUUUAGAAGACCCUAGGUAGAGUUCAGAAUCUAGGCACAUUAUUUAUAUUAAUAAAUUUCUUCAUGAUUAUAACAGUUACCGUAGCCAAAUUCUAUUUUCACAUGCAGCAGUGAUAGAUCACCAGUGAAAGUCAUCAAAUCCUUUUUCAGGCUGACCGGCUGCUUCGUGGAUUAGAUAUUUUGUAGACAGUGCAGAAAGUUCAUUCUCCAUCAGUCAUAGAACUUAGGCUUUAUGAGAUUGACAAGACUUGGGGUUAUGAUUCUGAGAAAUAUUUUUUCUUUCAAUGGAAGUUGUUGUAGAUCACUGCGAGUAAAUUAUCUCCGUCUCAGACGCUCAUUGGAUUUUAGAACAUUCUGACAUUGCGCAAGAUGCAAUUUCCUCCUUUUUUAUGCACUCGGGUUUUCUUCUACAUUCUCUGUAGUGUCGCACUCUAAAGAGCAAGCAUCAAGUCAUCACAUUCUUCUGAAUGCUUCAGGAAGGUGAUUUUUGAGGGAAUCCGGAGUGAAUAGAGACGUUGUUUAUGAGACAGGUCGAUGCUCUAGGGUCCUAUUGAGCUGCUUUGAUCCUCACGUAGCUCAAAAUUUGUCCAUAAUGCCCAGCUUUUUUACUUAAGCUCAAUCCGUCAAUUAGAGCGACCUAGAUGAUUUUUUCUGUGGACAUAUUUCCUCUGAAAGAACCAGAUGGAUGUCGUGGAGCCCGACGUUACGAUUUCUCUGAAGAUGAGUUUUGUGAAGCCGUGUGUUUCCUGCUUCCUCUGUCGUCCUGACCUCUAUGAUGCUGCUGAAGUUACUUUCUUCCGUCAAUACAAAUAGCAAAGAAGGAAAGGUAGAGAUCAGGGAGAUACAGGCACAGUAUGGGUUGGAGCGGACGUAUUUCGAACCUGGACGAAGGAAAGAUUUUGUUCCAUAGCGAGUCUCUGAUAAGGGAGGAAGUUUCUCGCCGAUGCACAAGGUUGCUUCAUGCUCUAUUAACAUCGGAGUGCGCGGUUGGCUCUACCUUUACGACUCUUCCGAACCACCGCAGGCAGGCCCGAAACUCUUACCGACCAAUGCUUCGCUGCAGCAGUUAUUAAAGUGGCUUUUUAAAAACGUUUAUGGGAGAGCUUUCAUUUCUUUGUGCAGGACACAAGUUUGGCCCAUCAUGCUCUUAUCUGUUGGUCUUCUGGCAAUAGGGCAACCAGUGUUCCAAAGCCCUGUGCUUCUUCUGCUUCUGGGUCUGUCUCGGCAUGGGAUGGAGGGGGAUUGUGUCCGCCCACAAUUCACUGAAUCAAUCUGCCAAAACCAUGUUCGAACAUAAGACGGAGUAUAUUUGUCGGGUCAGGUUUAGCUAUUCAAGGCCAUCGGGGCUUCUUGCCUGGACCUAAUGAUCUCAAAAGAAAUUGUAUGCCACUUGGAAUCCCAGUUAUGCAAGCAUGUAAUAAGCAUGUAGCAGUCGAAUAGCCAAGGCGUAUGGGAGUAAAUCCCUUAUGCCGUGUUCAAUAAAAGG